ACAUAAUCAUAUUUUAGCUGCUAAUCGAGCUGGUUUAGUUACUGUAUGGAAUGCAUCAAAUUGGGAAUAUAUCAAUGAUUUUAAUAUAUAUGAAAUAUACAAAGCAACUCAGAAUAUUCAACAACGACCAUUUAAAAGUGAAGCAGUAAUUACAUUUCGAAAUCCAUCAAAAUUAUCAAAAACUGUACAAAAUCGAAUACAACAACUUAAUGCUGAUUCAAAAGAAUCUACAAAACAAAUUGAUAUUCCAAAUGCACCAUCACCUAGUGGACCAGCUUCGAUUAUUCCAUUAUCAACAGAUAAACUCGAACGUAUACAAAUUUAUGGUGAUCUUUUAUUUGCUUGUUAUCGUUAUGAUUAUAUACUUAUAUUAUGUAUAUCUGAUUCAAAUACAUAUACAUUUGAACAUUUAAUAUCAGUUAAAUAUAAAACAGGUGAUUCAACACCAAUUGAUUCAUUUAUUGUUUAUAAUAAACAACUAUGGGUAUCAUCCGGUUGUAUUAUUUAUAUAUUUAAUGUUAAUAAUACUAAUGAUGAAAAUUCAUAUAAUUUAUUAAUGAAAAAACCUGUUGAUGAUGAUCGUCUUAUAACAAUGUUAGGUUUUUCAGGUCAUAUAUGGGCUGGAUCAUUGCAUGGAAAUGUUUAUAUAUAUCGUAUGGAUAAUUAUGAAUUACAUAAAACUUUUGCUGGACAUAGUGAUGGUGUUUGUAGUUUAUGUUCAAUGUUAGAUAUGUAUGUUAUUAGUGGUUCAUUACAAAAUGAUACAUCAAUUGCUAUUUGGGAAAAUAUACAACCAUCAAAUAAUGAAACAAAUGCAUUAAUAUCAUCAUUAAGAACAAAAGAAGUUAUGAAACCUAUUGAUAUUUUAUAA